AUGCACUGUCGUUCUACUCGCAACAUUUCUCGCCACAGCAAGUUUACUCUCUAUGAAACCAAAGCCCGGUUCUAUAUGGUUGGCUCCAACCAGGCCGACGACCAUUUCCGGGUUCUCAAGAUCGACCGAACCAUUCCGACCGAGCUCAACAUCACCGAGGAUGAUUAUGUGUAUUCGAAGCAGGAAAUCCGCGAACUGCUGACAAUGAUCGAGGAAGGCAACAAAGUAUCGGGCGGUUUGCACCGAGUGUCGUCAUUUUUCGGGAUCGUAGGAUUCGUCAAGUUCCUUGAGGGCUACUACAUCAUCCUUAUCACCAAGCGGAGCGCCGUCGCACUGCUGGGCGGCCAUUACGUUUACCACAUCGACGAUACGCUGCUGAUCAGCGUGCCAGGACCGGGAUCGAAAUACGACCGCAAGCCCGACGAGUCGAGAUACCUCCAGAUCUUUGGGCAGGUCGAUCUCAGCAAGAACUUUUACUUCAGCUACACGUACGACAUCACUCAAUGUCUGCAAAACAACUUGGCUCGGCCGCCAGGUCGGUCCAACUUCUCUCCCAACGAGAUGUUUGUAUGGAACAAGUACUUGCUCGAGAAUGGAUUCAAAUCCUUGACUUCGGACUGGUCGCUUCCGAUCAUCCAUGGCUUCGUGGAUCAAUCAAGAAUCAGCGUCUACGGACACAAUAUCUUCGUCACCUUGAUUGCCAGACGGUCGCGCUACUUUGCUGGGGCGCGAUUUCUCAAGCGGGGCGUCAAUGACAAGGGCUAUGUCGCCAACGAUGUUGAAACCGAGCAGAUUGUACACGAUGCCACCACGACCUCGUUCUAUCGCCCGACUGGACGAUCGGGACGAAAGCCGGCAUAUACUUCCUUUGUCCAGCAUCGCGGCUCGAUUCCACUUUCGUGGUCCCAGCUUGUUUCCAACAUGCAGCCCAAGCCCCCGAUCAGCUUGGACUGGAUCGAUCCCUUCUUUCACAUGGCCGCACUCCACUUUGACAACAUGUUCAAGCGCUAUGGAUGUCCAAUCAUUGUGCUCAAUCUCAUCAAGGCCAAAGAAAAAACACCUCGAGAAUCUGUGCUGCUGGAGGAGUUUUCGCAGUCCAUCGCCUACCUGAACCAGUUCCUGCCAGCGGACAAAAAGAUUCGAUAUAUACCGUGGGACAUGGCGAACGCAUCAAAGAGCAACGCGGAAGACGUCAUAGGAGUGUUGGAAGAUCUGGCUGAGGAAGUACUGGCCACGACUGGAUUCUUCCACAGUGGCCCCGAGCCCUACACCAACGCUCUGAAGCGGGCAAAGUCGCACGGAGAUCCCAACCAAAAGGUCAAUCGGAUCCUGGGUCGUUGCCAGAACGGCGUUGUGCGCACCAACUGCAUCGAUUGUCUGGAUCGAACAAAUGCCGCGCAGUUUGUGAUUGGCAAAUGUGCCCUCGGGUAUCAGCUUCAUGCCCUUGGGGUCUUAUCCCAUCCUUCAGUGCCUUUUGACUCCGACGCCAUCAAUUUGCUGAAUGCCAUGUACCACGAUCACGGCGACACAAUAGCUUUGCAGUACGGCGGCUCACAUCUGGUCAACACCAUGGAGACAUACCGCAAGAUCAGUCCCCUGACAAGUCACUCGCGAGACAUGAUCGAGAGCAUUCGCAGAUACUACAGCAACUCUUUCACAGAUGCCGAGAAGCAGGACGCUAUGAAUUUAUUCAUCGGCAACUAUGUGGCUGAUCCCUCAAAGCCCAUGCUCUGGGAGAUGAACAAUGACUUUUAUCUGCAUAACGAGGAUCCACGGCGUCGAACGCCGACCAUCAGGUUUGCAUCGCUGUCGGCGGAAGGUUAG